GGCUCCUUUGGCUUCCCAGAUGGGACUGACAACACACAAAGCGGCUGAUUCAGAGAGCUGAACUUCACCCAAAAGCCCCUCAGUAGCAGUGAAGCUCCAGCUGUUACCCAUCCGCCUCCCUGAACCUGUAUGCUUCUCUUCCGCCUUCCUCCACCUCUUGCAGGUUAGGGUGGAGCUGUUUCUACCUGGACUCUGACAACAGACAGGAGAGUAAUUAAAGGAUUCAACAAUGGCGGUAUAGUCGGACUUCGGAGUGCUCUCGUCGACAUAUUUUCACAAUCAGCAGGUAUGAGCCAGCCGCCCCGUUCAAACCGGGGCCACCGGGAGAGAAACGGAGACCACCGACACCGAGACUCCCGCGAUGACAGACGUUCAUCACCCGACAGUUCUAGGUCUUCCUCUCGACCACCGUACUACCCCAGAGAAGCCAACUCCCCUCCCAAACAUGUGCGGGAAGUCCCUCGAGUGGAGCACCAUGAGUCCAAAUGCACGCACAUUUGCUCCAGGAGAGGCAUCGUGCUGAUCUGCUCUAUACUGACCAACGGCCUGGUCCUGAUCUGUGUGGUUGCAGCUCAGAUGGUGUCAUCAGGCAUGUCGUCCAUGGGCGGAAUGGGCGGCUUCGACAUCAACUCCAACUUUAACAUUGAGGGCACCGAGCUGCAGAAGGUACGAGAACUGGACAUGCAGUACAGCCAGAUGAGGGCGCCGGGCAUCUACGGCGGCAUCACCUUCACCUUGAUCUUCGGGGUCGUCUCGCUGCUGUUUGUGGUUUCCGGGAACAAACCGCCCCACCUGAUGUCCCAGAAGCUUCUGGUCGGAGCGCUGGUGUUUCAGGCGGUGGGCGCAGUGGCGUACGUGGUGGCCGUGGGGCUCUACCUGCACUUCGUCAUCAGGGUCAACUCCACAGAUGUGUGUAAGCAGCGCGAGAGGCUGUACGCACGGAGCGGCUACACCUGGAUGAAAUGUGAAGUGGGCGGGGCGGAUGCAGCCGUGGCUCUGUUUGGGCUCAUCACAGCCAUCCUGUACACGGCCGGCACGGUGCUCACCAUCCAGACGAUCCGAAGAGUGAAGCGCUACCUGCAGGAGCGAAAACGCAGAGAGGCAGAAAAGCAGCAGGCCCGAGCCCACCCACAGAGAGCCCCGCUGAGAGCUGAAACCACCUCUGUGUGAGACAUCUGGGGCCUGUAUCACAAAUAGGAUUAGUGGGUUAACCAGCUAUCUUUGGGCGUGACUGAGGUUUUCUGGUAUCAUGAAGCUGGCUGACUUUUAACCGGAGUAGAUCACCAUGGAAACUUGUGCUGCACAGCUACCCUGCUUUGAAGGAGGUUACAUUCAGAGCAUCAGAUCACAACUUGAUCCAGCUUGCCCACUAACCAAUCAGAGUCAUCAUUCCUACAGGAUCCUGACAUGGAUAAAAGUACUGAGUUUACAAUAAUGUGGCAAGUAAUAAAGAGCAAUAGAGACAUUUGUAUAGGUUUUGCGUACCACGGAGCCCCCGGUUGUGACAGGCUGUAGAUGUGAUUAUGACUGCAUUCAUUGGAUGGUUAUAGGCUAGCUCUGUCAGUUUCUGUGGCUGUGGCCAUGGGUGUGACACAUUAUUCUUAAUGGGUGAACUACAUGCAGGGCUUGUGUUUGUGCAGUGAAUUGACAUGGUGCUGGCUGAGCUCUGUGGUGAAGCUAAUAUUGAACUCCUGUGGCGUAUAUUUGCAUUUGUCAUAUCUGAUACAAGAUCAGGAUUCAAAGCAUGUGUCUGGCUGUAUGAUGCUUUCUCGGCUAAUGUUAAUACAUCAGGAGCUGUAAAGACCAGCCACAGCACAACUAAUAGCCAUAUCCAUAGUAAAAGCAAUAGAAACAGCUGCAGCUGUAGCCCAAACCAUAUCUCAACCCACAGCCAGGCAGAGCCAGCUACAGCUGUGGUCACAGGGGCUCCAUAGUAUACCAUGAUAAUUAUGUAAGAUAGAAGAAACAUUUUUUUAAAAACAGGACAGGAAAGCUGCCUAUUGUGGUGAGUUUCUUUCAUUCCUGACAGCGUUGAUGCUUUUGCACUCUUCUUCCAUCGCUGCAGCUCAGGAUAACAUGAGGUUGAGUAUUUAGCCUUUUUUUAGACUCAAUUAGAUUAUAACUAGAAAUAAAAAGUAUACUCACUGUAAUUGCUUUUCAGGAACAAAUUCCACAUGCACUGUCGAUUAGCUCAGUAAAUUACAAAUGCAACAUUUUGGUUCUGCACUAAUCUGCUUUGGCAGCAGUAAUUGUACUGUACUUUUGGUUUUGAAGUGUAUCAAAUUGUAAUUGUGAUUUUAUUGUAUAUUGUAAAUGUCUUUGCUGCUGCUGGGUAUCACAGUUUCAUCCCAUGUCACAUUAAAUACUCCACUCAGGGUUCUGAUGACGUUGCAUGUCAUUAGCUUUUAAUUUUCUGUUAACGUGCUUGUGGCUGGAUCAGUAAACUGAACCGGUUAAUAACUAGCUUCUUCAGCUUAUCCAGGCUCAUCAAUGUUGAGCUCAGUGAAGCCAGGCAGCUCAACUAGAGCCAGACUAAAGUUUAACUUGCUUUGUGAUACAGGCCCAAUCUGGGAGGACUGGGGCUUAAUUUUCAAGUGAGCUGUUUGCAUGUUGGAUUAGACUCAGACGGGGAUUUAUAUAAAUGUUUUUAACAUGUAUACUAGUAUAAUUAAUGUGUUUUUUAUAUCAGAGUUUGCAUUAUAAAGUAAAAGUCUUUGAUACUGAAACUGUACAAGAAUGUAUCUACUCAAAUUAAACCUCCAUCAAUGUGA